CACCUCCCACCUCUAGAGUCACUUCCUCUUUCCUGAUGUAUUAAAAGCCGAUGGGCAUGCCCAAAGAGUCUCUAAAGAGAAAGACAUUUCUCACCGCAGAAGCUUCCUUCCCUCAAAGCUUUCGCCAACUUAAACUCAACUUUUCGCCAAUCUAAACCGUGCUGAUCGUGAUCGUUAAUCACAACAACAAAACGUCAACCAUGAGCACCUGCAGCACCACCACCAGCAGCAGCAGCACUCAGGAGAACCACACCUUCAGAAGAGCUGUGAGAAAAAUCAAGGUGGCUGCCACAGUGACCGGCCUGGCCAAGAGCUGGCAGAACUGGGCCAACGAACACACGGGCAAACAGGACACCAUCCCCUCAGGCUGGAUUCCCGACUCCAUAGUCGAGGACGAGAAGGACAAAGAGAAAGAGCGGAACGAGGUCAAGCUCCUGGUCAUGCCUCGAGUGGUUGUGGUCAACGAUAAGGACGAAUGCGACAGCAAGAUCAAGACGGGAACAGUCAGCAAAGCCGUCACGCCGAAGAUCAGCGAAUGCGGCGGCCACGACAUUGUCAGCUCCAUCAAGGAGAAGAUCCACGCCAACCAGGCGACGCCGGACGAGCCCAGAAGCUUCCUGGGAAACGAGUCGCCCACCAGGAGGCGGCUGUGCGGCGGGAAGGCCGGUGGUUUGGCGAAAUCUCUGGGGUUGAGAGAAGAACGGAAAAUGGGGUCUCGGAGCAGCAGCUUAGAUACGGAGGACAGCGGUCUGGGAGAAGAUGCUGCUCUGAGUGAUAACAGUGAUCAGAGCGAGGCAGAGCAGAAGAAACCGAUUAGCAGACCAAAGAUCAGGGUCACCACCAUGACCGAUCUGAAGAGUAGAUGGCAGAAGUUCGCUGAGGAGCACGUCGAGGGUCAGAAGCUCAACCCUUUCAGCGAGGAGUUCGAUUACGAGCACGCCAUGUCCUGCCGACUCCAGAAGGGCGAUUCCGGCUACGGCAGACCCAAAGAGGGAUCCAAAACGGCCCAGCGAGCCGACCGCGCCCAGAAACACAUCCACCGGGAGAUGGAGGAGAUGUGCUUCAUCAUCAGGGACAUGGGCGAGAGGGACAGGCAGGGGCGCGUUUACGUGACCUUCGGCCGGCUGUUCGACCGGUACGUUAAGAUCUCGGAUAAGGUGGUGGGGAUCCUGCUGCGCUGCAGGAAACACAGGAUGGUGGAGUUCGAGGGGGAGAUGCUGUGGAAGGGUCAGGACGAUCACGUCAUCAUCACACUGCUGGACUGAGGAUCCGCAACCUCCAGAACUCUACUGCACUCAGAGAGAAAGCCUAUAGCAGGGUCUGUGAUGAGUUAAAGUAUUAUUAUAGUAUUUAUUCUUGUUUUUAUAAGUUUUGUAAAGAGUGUGAUGCACUAUCUGAACAAGUUUUAAAGCGUAUCAAUCCGUCUCCAGUCCAUAUGUGAAUCUGCAGUAUCAUCCUGUUCAAAUUCAUGGAUUUACAGUACAUACAUGUGCUUUCUUGCUUUAAAACACAUGAUAAAAUAUAAAUAAUUAAUGCCAUAGAGGGUUAAAAUUUGUUUUAAAAAUGUGUGUAAAGCUGAUUGGAUGAUGCCCAUGCUUCUCUUUCAUGAUUCUCUGUAAUAUUUUUUGUUGGUGUUUCUGAAUGAGAUCUGAUAUCCUCGUUUCUCAGCACCGUCAUGUUUUAAACUCAUCAGAAUGUGAGUGUUAAUUGGUAAAUGUCGUGUAUAAGAUGCCAGUCGAGUCGCUGCUCCUCUACAGUUUACAUAAGUAGGAGCUGCUUUUCAUAUUUGGCUCCUGUGGUGAAAUUUCAGCCCUGCUGAGAAUUCGAACCCUUCUCCUCACCUUCACCACAGAGGAGCUUCAAGACUUUCAUCACUUCUCUUGUUCAGCCUCGUUUGCUCAUAAAUGUGUUGAAAUUCUGUGAUUUUUUACUUUUAUUUUGAUAAAAAUCUCAUUAGGUCAUAUUCACCAACCAAUCUUUACCUUUUGAACCAAUCGAUUUUAUUUAUUUUAUGAAUUAUAAUGCAGAAAUGACGAUGCACUGUUUGGAAAACCUUUGCUUUAUGUGGAGUCCCACAGGGCUCUAUUCUAGGGUCUAUGAAACUGAUGUCGGUCUAUGAAUUCUGAGAGUACUGCAGGUAUAAGGGGGAAAUAUUGAAGUGUGCACCUUUCUUUAGGGCUUAAUAAGUUUUUAAAGAGAAUUUAUUAUUAAAACACAGUUUGUAUGAAGAUUCUGACAGGUGAUAAUGUGAUAAGAAUCCCUGGGCAAGACUCCCAACACUACACUGACUCUAUUAUAGAAAUAAACGUUUGAGUCGCUCUGGAUAAAAGCGUCAGAUAAAUGCUUUGAAUGUAAAUUUAAAUGAAUCAAACACAGACUUCGUUUCAGGACUUUAUUACAACCAAUUUAAGAAAUUCUUAGAAAGAAAUUGAUGAACGAGGAUCAAGUUUGCCAUGAUCUGGUUUGGUUUCAUCGUAAAUAAAUCUUUCAAAGUGAAAGAGUGAUGAUCUUCUUACAGAAGUUUUUGUUAUUUGCUGUACGUAUUUAGAAUAAAAAAAUGUGUUGAUUUUAACAAGUUUUGCCUCUUUUGUCUGUAAAACGAAUAAAAAAAAUAAAUCAUCAAUGUGGCUUAUCGAACUUUAAUUCAAUUUCUAAAGCAGGUGUGUGCCCAUUCGGAGCAUAAAGUUAUUCAAAAGCAGUGUGUAAGACUGGUGGAGGAGAACAUGAUGCCAAGAUGCAUGAAAAAAAACUGUGA